AUGUCAUUUAGAAAAAAUACUUUUAAUAAUAACCCAAACUAUAAUAAUAAUAAUAAUAAUAAUAAUCAUAAUGAUAACAGCCCAACAAAUGGGAAUGUAGAUGCAAAAUUAAAAAAGAUUGUCGAAACUAUAACGCCAAGAGCAGAAGUUUUUAUAAAAGAAUUUUAUUAUCCAAAAUAUGAUUCAUCAAGAGCAGAUUUAAUUGGACUUUAUAAAGAUCAUAGUGUAUCAAUUUGGAAUGGUACAGAAUGUAAAGGACCAGAACAUAUAGGGAAAUUAUUAGCAGAGAUACCAAACUCAGUUCAUGUCGUUGAAACUUUUGAUGCACAACCAGUCCCAAGUGAUGAUAAAGAAAACCCAAAUAUUUUAAUUACCGCAACUGGUAAAGUCACAUACAAAACUACAUCUCAACAUCAAUUUCAUCAAACAUUUUUAUUAGUAAAAGAUCCAACAAAUUCAAAUUUAUUUUAUUUAUCUUAUGAUUGUAUUAGAUUAAUUUCAUAA